AUGGGGUUGAUUCGCGUUGUCUUGUCAAUCUUCGCUUUAUGGAGUUCACUGGAUUUUCCUUCAGGAGCAGACAUUAAAUUAUCAAGCACAACCUCUGUCACAGAGUAUGGACGUAGUUAUAUCCUCCAAUGUACUGUCACGGGAAAUCUUCGGAGCCGAGAAAUGUUGUUCAGUCGUAAUACUGUAGAUAUUUGUAAACGACGUGUGUUCAAGACUGACGGUACGAUGUUGUGCGAGACCUACAACAACACAUUAUCAUCGUAUCAGUGUCUCUGUGUUGGGUAUUACAGCGAUGUGUCAGUUUACAGAAUAACGAUACGGUCAUUUAAGGAAGUCGACGCAACUGUGUGGUGGUGUGCUGCAAUCGAUGAAACAAAACCGAAUGUCCUAAGUAACUUUGUCUACCUCUUCUAUGUUACUCUUUCUGGAAAUGUGACAGAAUUCGAUGCUGAUGGUGUGAACUCAAUUACUUUUACUUGCGAAACAAGCAACAUAACGGGAAGUGUUACCUUUGAGUGGAUAAAUAAAACAAUUGAAGGAUCUACAUAUAUUGAAAACAACCUGAUUGUAUCUAAACAUGGCAGCACAUACCGACAAGAGCUUAAACUUAUUCCACACUGGUAUCAACAUCAAAACAGAAUUGCCUGUAAAGUCGUUGAUGUAAGCACCAACAUAACAGCAAUGACACAUUCUGAAGUUUUGGAUUUGAUAUAUCCUCCACUGACAAGUCCUGUCAUGAAGCAGGUAACGAAUCCAAAGACACCUCUCAGUUCAGAAAUUACAAUCCAGGAAGGCGCCAUGUUGAACUUGUCGUGUGAAGUGACUGGAGGAAAACCGCGUGUGUUAACCGUUACAAUACGAUGUGAUGGUAUUAAUCCCAGUACAUUUUAUACGGUGGUCGGAGAUCGUGUUACAGGUUAUCUCUCGUUAACCGUGUGGAGGAACCUCCACAACCACACCUGUCAGUGUUCAGCUACACACAAGACAGGCCGAUAUCAUCUAACUACGAGUGUCACCAUUCUCGUUAACUAUGCCCAAGGUGUGACAGUACGACAUGAGUUUAACUCAAGUAACAAGAUCCUAAAGUUGAUAUGUGAAGCAGAAGGACGUCCAGACAACUACAGCUUCUCUCCAUUGACUCACUUCUGGGGCGAGUACAGAAUCAGAGAGUUACCAGGGCAACGCGUAUCGCCUAAUAAGUACGUCUUGACUGUUCGAAACGUGACAUACGCUGACUCGGGGAAGUACCAGUGUGGUGUCAGUAAUGGAGUUGAAGGACUGAACAAGGUCAAAAUUCAAACUAAUUUUACGUCAAUAGAAAUUGGUGGAAAACCCAUUUUGGGUGAUAUGGAACAGAACCCGACGGUGUUAGCUGUCCUUGGUAAAACUAUUGUUGUGGAGAGAAAGAUAUUCAGUAAAUCCAAUAUUACUCGCCACACGUGGACAAACGGACGGGGUCAGAAGUUACUAGGUCAACUUUCUACCAUAGAAGUGACGUUAAAUAUCUACAAUAUUACAGUUAAAGAUAUCGGAUACUCAAUCAGUUUGGAGAUUCCUAAAUUAACUAAAGAUGACCAAGGACUUUACACUCUGAAUAUCUGUAACAGCUUUGGAUGCGGCCAUUUUUACACAACUUUAAAAAUAGCAAUUGCAGAACUUGUCGAUGGUUCGACUUCUGACUCGGUACUGGUAGCAGCUGUUUCGGGUGUCACAGUAGUUGUCAUUCUGGUGGUCAUCAUUGUCGUGGCCAUCGUCAUAGUCAGAAAGAGGAGGAAUUCAACAAAAAACAAACAUUCCCAGGAUGAUGAUCAUGGUUAUAUGAACCAGGACAACAACCAACAGGUUGAUGGUCCGACUGUGGAAUAUGUGAACACUGUGAACGAUGUGAACAAUGUAUAUGAUGUGAACACUGUGAACAUAAAUACUGAGGAGCCCCAUGUUUAUCAAACUCUGAACAACUGA